AUGGAUAAUAGUAAUAAUAAUAGUAAUAGUAGUAGUAAUGGUGGCCAAAAUGAAAAAGUGAUUGUUGUUAGUUGUUGUGGAGGAGGUAGUGUUGUUAGAGACCUAAAUAAUGCACCGAUAGCCACCAUCGUAACACAGAGUAGUUGUUGUGGUCCAGAAUGUAAUUGUUUGGCUAAACAACAAUUUCAGUUAUUACAGCAACAACAGUUACAACAGCAACAACAACAGCUACAGAAACUAAAGACAUCAUCACCAAAAUUAGAAUCGGAGAGGGACAGUAAUAGAUAUCAAUAUAAUAGUAAUGAUAAUGAAGAUGACCAUAAUCAUGACAAUGAAAAUGACAAUGACAAUGAAAAUGAGGAUCAGAGAAGCAGUAGAGAUAGUAGUAGUAGCAGUAGCAGUAACGGUAGAAAUAAAAAUACAACUGGUAAUAGUAACUCUUCUACACCUCCACUACAACAAACUCAACAACAACAACAACAACAGACAAAAAGUUGUUGUGCAAACUGUUGUAAAGAAGGACGUAACAAUGGAAGAGCUUGUCUAUGUCAAGUACCCUCGAACCAGAGAAGAGGUAAACUAGGUGAAAAUGGUUGUGUAGCUUGUGGUUGUAAUGGUUGUCAUCCACAAGAUUUAGAAGAUCAAAAGAAUAAUAAAUUAAAUAACAACAACAAUAACAAUAGUAAUAGUAAUAGUAAACAAAGAACACAACAACCAAGUGAUAAUGAUAGCAGUGUAACUCUUAAGAAUGGAUGUUGUAAACCAUGUAUGAAAGCAUUCAGUGAAAAUGGAAAAGCUUGUCUAUGUCAAGUGCCAUCGUCGGUGAGAAAGGGUGUGUUGCCAGACGGUGGAUGUAAGAUUUGCAAGUGUAGAGGUUGUCAUCCCGAAGAGAUAGUACCUAGAAAACAUCAUAGUAAUCAACAUCAUCAUCAACAACAAAUGCAAAAUCAUCAUCACAAUAGCAAUAAUAAUCAUCAUCAACAACAACAACAACAACAACUACCACCUUCACAUCAUAUGUUUAAACAACUACACAAUCAACACCCGAUGGCAAUGGACGAUGCCAUCUUUUUCCCAUAUCCAAUGUUUCCGCCUUAUCCACUGGCGGCAGCAGCAGCAGCGGCAGCAGCAUAUAGCUCGAGAAUCAGAGCAGAGGGAAUACUACCGUAUCCAUUGCCACAUCACCAACUUGGCGCGACAGAGUAUGAUUUGCCGCCAGCGUAUCCUCAUCGAUGGGAAGACCCAGACAAUCAUUUUUAUCAAGACGAACACGAAGAUGGCUACAGACGAUCGAGAAGACCGAGCGGCGGACCACCUACCAAUAGAGAUCACACAAAAACACCGUACGACAGAAAACAAAACAAUGGCAGAGCAUCAGAAUAUCAUAGUGGUGGUGUAUCAGAGAAACAACAACAAUCAUCAAGGUACAGUAACGGUAGUAGUUACAGAAACAAUAGUUUAGAUCGUGAGAAGGAUAGAGACAGAGAUUUCGAUAGGGACAGAAAUAGAGAGCGUGAUAGAGAUAGAGAUCGUGAUCGUGAUAGAGACAGAGAUAGCGAUAGAGAAAGAAAUAGUAGCAGCGGCCCACGUGAUAGAGAUCUAGACCGUGACAGAGUAAGAGAAAGAAACAGCAGCAGCGGCAGCAAUCAUCGAGGGGAAAGAGGAGAUCGUGACAGAGAUAUUGAUAGAGAAAGAGACUUUGAUAAUAGAUCUAGGAAUAACAACGAGUAUUGGUAUAAUAGAUUAUAA